AUGUCGGAUUCUACUCCUCCUGAAACAGGCAACUUGCUGGAUAUCGAUUCAACGGGCACUGAAAAUCAAGAUGUGUCGUCCACGACGCCCCCAUUCGAUGAACCAGCGAAAGAAGAAGAAGAACCUUCUCUAAAUAAUGAUAACGUGUCCGAUGAAAAAGAGGACACACCAGCUGUCGAAGAUCUUCCAACAGACAGAACAGAAACCGAAGAAAAACCUGACGAAGCGGCCCCUUCUACCAAAGGUUAGCUUGUACUUUACAAGCUUGUAAGCACACUUAAGCUUACCAUAAACUUUUAUAUUUGUGGCUGGUUUAGCUCGUACUUUGUGCAAUAGAAUAUCCCCUAUUCUGCCACCUACCUUAUGUCUUUUUGUCUUGCUUGGGUAGACGUUUUUGGAAAACUUAGAUUUUAAAGUGCUUUGGCCUCACUCGAACCAGCAGAAAGUCAUGGGAAGGCUCGAACAAUCUCGGGUGUGUGAAAGUCAAAUUAGUUUCCUUCGUGUCAGUCCGCUCAAAAUGAAUUCCUUGUUUAUUUUCUAGAGCUAACAAGCCGCCCUGCUCGGUGGAUGAAGGAACAUGGAGUCGAUCAGAGAAGUACAGUUUAAUAACAAAUUGUGCAGUUUGAAGACAAGUUACUGUACGUUGCGUUUAGAUAACUUGUUUAGUAGCAAGCACGGUACUUCAAUCAUCCUGCACAGUUUUUCACUUGACUAAUAACAUAAACUUUCAAUCGCCAUUAAAUUAUAGCGACAGAAGAAAAAAAUGUUGGAGAAACCAUCAGAAAUAUACUGUGAUUACAGUAGGUACGAAUGGACGGCGAUUGAAAACUGUAUUAUUCCAAAUUAUCGACUGUUUUCUUUGUGGCCGCUGGGCGCUGCCUUCCAAACGGAAAAUGCAAGGAGUUAAUAAAUAUUCGGGCGCACCCAAUUCGUUAGUUGAUUAGCAACACCAUUCACUCACUAAAUAGCAAACCAGCACCACAAACGAAUCGGCAGUUAUAGUUAAAUCUCAUAAUUAUGUCGAUUUUAAAACCUCGUGGCCCAGUGGUGAUAUCAAAUCAAAAAGGGUACUAGUGAAUUCUUAGUUGAGAAAGGCCAUUUUAUAUAUUUGGGUCUGCAACUGAUGUAAUCUUCCCUAUUUAAUCAGAUAUGUCUUUUUUCAUUUACUUUUUUCAUCAGAAAAUGCUCUUCAUUCAUCCAUUUGGUUCACAUGAUUGCUUUGUCGAUCAUGUCACACUGAAUUAUUUAUAACUUCGCCGGAAUAUUUAUUGUUUUAAACGCUGUAGUUUCGGGUGGGGCGUUUAAAAUAACCUCAAUCCGAAAAGAAGUACAGUAAAGUGUAUUCGACUGUGAAUUAUUUGCAGUUUAGUUGGUCUGUCUAUGUUUAAAGUAAUAAUAAAAAAACUGUGUUUUAUUAGUUUCGAACGUUCAAUUUUCUUACGUUCUAAGAUCAAAGUCCUUACACCUGCUGCUGUGUGUACUCUGCAUGUUUUCUUUGCAAUAUUCAGCUUUUUAGUCGUGUUCUUUGGAACGAUUUUUGUAUUGUGUUCAGCUAGUUAAAGACUAAUGUCAUCCAUGGGCGCCUAUCAUGGGAAACUUUCAUGUUGCAUGAAUCUUACAAAAGAAUAUUUUCUUUAGUUAUGUUAGUAUACAUUGUGUGCAAAUUUUGUGUUCUCUGAUGCAUUUCUCUGUUUACUGUUUAGACAUAGUGACAUUGUUGGAAAAUUUAACAUGUUGUUUUAUAAUGUUUCUUCCUUACUUCUAAAUGUCAAUUAGGUAUUUAAAGGCAUGUUUAAAAUUGCCCUGCAUUUAAGAAAAUUAAAAAACCCUUUGGAUUGAAAGUUUUGUUACAUAUGACUUUCAUAAUUUUUUCCUUUUUGGGGGAGGGAGAGGGGGGAAGGUGCUCUGUGAAAACUGAGACAACAGCAUUUAAAACUAAUUACACAGUUUUUUAUGAAAAUCAACACUUUGCUGGAGCUUAGUGUUGAUGUUUUUAAUAUAUCAAAGGAAACAGAAAUGAGGUACGAAACCGACUUUAUCAAUUCUGUUAUGAAAGAGAACUUUAGUCACCUAUGGCCCUUUUUUUUAAUGGAAUGGGUUCAGAUUUUUCUUAGUCGUUCCAAGUUUUUUGCUUGUAUGAACAUGCCUUAUACCAUUCAAGAUGCCUUACUUUACUUACUACUUUAUUUUAGUUAUUGACUUGAUCUACUGGCGCUGUCUGAAAAAGACUGGGAUUGUAGUGGUUACCGGUCUGGUGUUGCUGUUUUCACUGACCAUGUACACUUUCCUGAGUGUGGUGACGUUCUUCUCCAUGGCAUUGCUGACUGUGUCCUUGCUGUAUAGGGUUGGCAUGACUGUCAUGGGUGCAAUCCAGAAAACAGGAACGGAUAAUCCAUUUAAGUAAGUGUUUGAAAGGCUCAUGUUUUAAAGGCAUAGUUCCAUACUCAAAAAUACAAACUGCUAAAAUUUUACGGAUUGGUAGAAGGCCUCUUCGUCUUGUUUGAGAACCAAGCCAUCAUCGCAGGGAAGCAGAGGGAUGUUUGUUCUUAUAAUGUACUGCUAUGUCUUACUGAAUAGGUUCAGUAUUUUAUGGAUUAUAUGCUCUUUCUGGUGGUGCUAUCUUUUAGAUUCCUUAGUUACGGAUAAUUUAUUUCCAGGGAUUUGAUAACUCUUUUCAUGAUCUUUCAUAUUGCUUCUUGAGCACUUCUUGUGGUCACUGGGCCUACACGUAUAUACCUUGAAUUCUUGUUUCAACGUCUUUUUAUAAAAAAAAACGGGAAUUCAAACAUAAUUAUUUUCAUUUGCCUUGUUGAUCUAAAGCUAAUGACACCUGGGGAUACAAAAAUACCUCAACAAUUUUUCUGUUGUUGCUGUUGUUGUUGUUACUAUCACUAUUAUAGAAGAACAAGAAAUUAUUAUUGUUAUUAUUGCUAUUACUAUUGGAAAAUCUCAUGAAAUUGUGCCUUAUGAGGUGGUAGAUUGUGAAAAUUUAUCAACUGCCAACCUACUACAAGAUGCAUUGACUAAAAAAUGCUUUGUGCUAUAUUUUAGGACAAUUCUUGAGAGAGAUGUUGACAUUCCUAAAGAAAAGGUAACAAAUUAUCUGUUACAAGUACUUUGCAGAAAUGCGAUAAAAAGAAAAAUAAUUAUUAAACUAAUAUUAAACUUUUUUGCUUUUGUUAACUCUUCAUUUGCAGGCUGUGGAAGUUGUGGAAGUCAGCAUUGACCAGAUGAACCGGCUUACCAAGGAGUUAAAGCGGCUUUUCUUAGUGGAGGAUAUUGUUGACUCCAUCAAGGUAAAGUGUGUGGAUUCGAUCAUGUAACCUUUUUAUUUACAGUUGACUCCCGCUAACUCGAACCUCGCACUAACUCGAGCCAAAGUCGAUUUCCCCUGGAUUUCCUUCUUACAUUUACUGUAAUUUUACCCUCGGUAACUCGAACCCUCGAUAACUCGAACCUCCCGUUAACUCGAAAUAAUUUUUGUUCCCCUUCAGCUCAUUUCUAUACAAUUUUACUCUCGAUAACUCAAACCAUGUUAUAAGCACGUGACAAGUCGAGAAAAAAAAACGUGUGCUGAAGCCUGAAACAUUUAAUUUAUUUCAGAACAACCGAGUAAAUUCUUUGUCUUUACUUUUUUAUCACUCCAGUUCAAGUUCUGUGUCCAUUCCUGUAUACUUUGUUGCUUAAUUGCCUUAAUUUCCUUCCCAUCGAUUUGCUUAUUUCCUUACUUCUGGUCAUUUCCUUCAAACUCUUGAUAACUCAAACUUUUUUCAAUUUCCCUUGAAGGUUCGAGUUAGUGGGAGUCGAUGGCAGUAGUUUAUUUUGCAAAGCAGCAAGCAAAAAAAUUUCUGCCUUUCAGUGGGAUUCACACUUGUGACCUCUGGCUGAUAAGUUUCCAUACCAUAGAAUUCUGAAAAUAAGUUUCACUAGCUUGUAUUUAGAGGGGCGUCAUUAUUGAAGGGGAAUGUGCAUGUCACAUAUGGCUGUACUUAUAACUGGAGGGAAACUUAUGUCCAGAUUUACUUAAGAUAGUUUUGGGGCAUUGACUUCAAACAGAAUAGCAAAAAUCUUCAAAUGAANCAAGUACUUUGCAGAAAUGCGAUAAAAAGAAAAAUAAUUAUUAAACUAAUAUUAAACUUUUUUGCUUUUGUUAACUCUUCAUUUGCAGGCUGUGGAAGUUGUGGAAGUCAGCAUUGACCAGAUGAACCGGCUUACCAAGGAGUUAAAGCGGCUUUUCUUAGUGGAGGAUAUUGUUGACUCCAUCAAGGUAAAGUGUGUGGAUUCGAUCAUGUAACCUUUUUAUUUACAGUUGACUCCCGCUAACUCGAACCUCGCACUAACUCGAGCCAAAGUCGAUUUCCCCUGGAUUUCCUUCUUACAUUUACUGUAAUUUUACCCUCGGUAACUCGAACCCUCGAUAACUCGAACCUCCCGUUAACUCGAAAUAAUUUUUGUUCCCCUUCAGCUCAUUUCUAUACAAUUUUACUCUCGAUAACUCAAACCAUGUUAUAAGCACGUGACAAGUCGAGAAAAAAAAACGUGUGCUGAAGCCUGAAACAUUUAAUUUAUUUCAGAACAACCGAGUAAAUUCUUUGUCUUUACUUUUUUAUCACUCCAGUUCAAGUUCUGUGUCCAUUCCUGUAUACUUUGUUGCUUAAUUGCCUUAAUUUCCUUCCCAUCGAUUUGCUUAUUUCCUUACUUCUGGUCAUUUCCUUCAAACUCUUGAUAACUCAAACUUUUUUCAAUUUCCCUUGAAGGUUCGAGUUAGUGGGAGUCGAUGGCAGUAGUUUAUUUUGCAAAGCAGCAAGCAAAAAAAUUUCUGCCUUUCAGUGGGAUUCACACUUGUGACCUCUGGCUGAUAAGUUUCCAUACCAUAGAAUUCUGAAAAUAAGUUUCACUAGCUUGUAUUUAGAGGGGCGUCAUUAUUGAAGGGGAAUGUGCAUGUCACAUAUGGCUGUACUUAUAACUGGAGGGAAACUUAUGUCCAGAUUUACUUAAGAUAGUUUUGGGGCAUUGACUUCAAACAGAAUAGCAAAAAUCUUCAAAUGAACAAGCCCUAGGAUUUCACAGUAACGAUCGUUUGUGGUACUGUGUCAUUUACCUGGUCUUUAAAAAAACGGAACUGAAAAAUAGUUUCCCAGUGACAUUUUCAGCCUUAGGGAUCAAUUUACAGAAUCCACACAGUCUUGACUAGCAGAGCAAUUCUUAGUUAUGACUUGGGUUAUAUACGAAAGUCAACGUUGAUUAGCAUCUAUCAUCUUUCUGUUGUUUGCCAUCUUGAAUCAUUUCCGAAGUGCAUUGAACAUUACUGGUUUAUGGCUUCCAGGGCCAAGAAAAAAAUAUGAUGUCCAAAAGUUGGAAACAUUUAAGAGGUGGGUUCCCUUGAAUUUGCUCUGAGCCAAAAACUUGUUACAGAUGGUUUCCCAUGAUCUCUGGGUACGAAGACGAAAAAUUGUUUUCCUUGGGAAAUGAAAUCCUAGGGCAUGAAUGAACUUACAUUUACUAGUCAGCACAAGGCUAACCAACAGUGGUGUCUGCAACACCAUGGAGCAUCCCAAUUACAUAGUACACUUUAUGAUCCUAUAUAACUACGCUGUUACAGUGUAGUUAGUGUAGUUCAUAGUUAUGGAAACUGAACAAGGCAAAACUCAUUUCUGGGCUUGCCUUGUACGACUUUCUUAUUUUUUUUCUCUGUGAGGGCGAUUCCAAUUUUGGGGGGCUUAUAUACAUGUAUGUUAGAGACUUUUUAGGAGGUGUUGAAUUUUUGGGCAUAUAUUCAGGUGUCCAAAGGCGCCUAUUUACAGAAUUUCACAAUAACUUGUUUUGUUAGAUGAUCGUACCAGUAUUGUAUUGUCAAUGUUGUUUGAGCCCCUUCAAAAUCCUUUUUUUACCAGGCUUGCAUUCAUUGUUUAAGUUAGGCGUCUGAUGCAUUAGAGAGAUUAAGAUUUACGUUUACGGCAUACGGCAAACGGCAAACGUCAGUUGAGAAUUUCUCAGAAUAGAAAAUAAGCAGAUAAAAACAGUCCAGAACGAUUCUUGUGGCCAAAACUGGCAUUAAAUAUGUCACAUAUGGCUGUACUUAUAACUGGAGGGAAACUUAUGUCCAGAUUUACUUAAGAUAGUUUUGGGGCAUUGACUUCAAACAGAAUAGCAAAAAUCUUCAAAUGAACAAGCCCUAGGAUUUCACAGUAGCGAUCGUUUGUGGUACUGUGUCAUUUACCUGGUCUUAAAAAAAACGGAACUGAAAAAUAGUUUCCCAGUGACAUUUUCAGCCUUAGGGAUCAAUUUACGGAAUCCGCACAAUCUUGACUAGCAGAGCAGUUCUUAGUUAUGACUUGGGUUAUGUACGAAAGUCAACGUUGACUAGCAUCUAUCAUCUUUCUGUUGCUUGCCAUCUUGAAUCAUUUCCGAAGUGCAUUGAACAUUACUGGUUUAUGGCUUCCAGGGCCAAGAAAAAAAUAUGAUGUCCAAAAGUUGAAAACAUUUAAGAGGUGGGUUCCCUUGAAGUUUCUCUGAGCCAAAAAAUUGUUAUGGAUGGUUUCCCAUGAUCUCUGGGUACGGAGACAAAAAAUUGUUUUCCUUGGGAAAUGAAAUACUAGGGCAUGAAUGAACUUACAUGUACUAGUCAGCACAAGGCUAACCAACAGUGGUAUCUGCAACACCAUGGAGCAUCCCAAUUACAUAGUACACUGUAUGAUCCUAUAUAACUACACUGUUACAGUGUAGUUAGUGUAGUUCAUAGUUAUAGAAACCGAACAAGGCAAAACUCAUUUCUGGGCUUGCCUUGUACAACUUUCUUACCGUUUUCUCUGUGCGGGCGAUUCCAAUUUUGGGGGGCUUAUAUACAUGUAUGUUAGAGACUUUUUAUUUUCAGGUGUCCAAAGGCGCCUAUUUACAGAAUUUCACAAUAACUUGUUUUGUUAGAUAAUCAUGCAUACCAGUAAUGUAUUGUCAAUGUUGUUUGAGCCCCUUCAAAAUCCUUCUUUUACCAGGCUUGCAUUCAUUGUUUAAGUUAGGUAUCUUAUGCAUUCUUUCAAAACUCACGCUGGAUUCUGAAAGUUCACUACUGCUUCUUUCUUUCAGUUUGGACUUCUCUUGUGGGUUCUGUCAUAUAUUGGUGCCUGGUUUAAUGCACUUACCCUCAUUAUCAUUGGUGAGUAUUAUUAUGAAGAAACCUUUGCAAAGCAAAUGCCUCUUUUUCAAUUUUGUUCUUGCCACUACCGCUUGUAAGUAGAGUAAACAGUUUUAACUUCUUGUUUGGUUGUGUGUGGUUCUUUUUUAGAUUUUAUUCUCCUGUUUUCUCUGCCUCGCUUGUAUGAGGAUCAUCAGGUAUGUCAAAUUAAACACUUAAGAGGUUGGCAAAGUUGUAUUUUUGACUACUUCAGACCAUUUAAAGUUAAGCUAGAAGACUGUUUAUAUUGUGUUAUUUGUGAAUGCUUGUAUACAUAAUUUAUGAAAGACAAAAAACAAAUUCGGUCAGAUGGACUGAACUGAGAUUUUAAACAGAACAAAGAAGGUAAAAAGGUCUAAUGCUCUACAGGCUUUUCAAGCGCUUGUUACACACAUCAUAUCGUUAUGCUUGUAAACCGAUUUCAUACAUUGAUUUGUAUGAAAUUGCCCACCCCAGUCCAGAUCUUGUUUUAUUGUGGUGCCUGUUGGACAAACUGUGGAGAUCUCAUUCAGGAGAAAGGUUAAGGGAUUGUGUGAUUAAUUAAAUGUUUUUUUUUAUUCACAGGAAAAAGUUGAUGAAUAUAUGGCAAUUGCUCGUACGCAAAUCUGUUCCGUGAUUGAACAGUAAGUCAUUCAGUUGCAGUUAAACCUGUUUUUCUGCAAAUUUUCAGUAACAUAAUAGUCAGCAGAGCUGCAAGUGACAAGCGGAUCAUUAGACUCAGUCAGACUGAAAUUUGUUUAUCGUAAGGCAAACUCCAAAGUACUGUUAGACAAAAACAUGAACCGGAAGAUUUGCAAUUGACUAAAAGGAAUUAAAAUUCAGUUUAACUUGUUCUUGAAACUUUUCAGUUUGUCAGAUUAAAAAGGGUAAUUUGGUCAGACACGUCCUUUCUAGGAAGAGAAAUUAUUUGCAGCCUUGGACGAGUCACUCUUUACGUAGAGUGUAGUGAUCACCUAUUGUCAAGGCUUGUGGAGGUGCAAGGACUGAGAAGUCUGGGUUGGAGACUUGUGGUCACGUUCUUUCCUUAGACAAUUAAUUGCUGCAAUUUAUCUCUCUCUUCAUGCGUCCCAGCUGUUUAUCUAUAAAGCGGUACUGGCACCAUGUUGUCAGUGGUAACCCUAUGAUGGAAUAGCAUGCCAUCCAGGAAAAAUAGCAAUACUCUUGGUACUUAAUGUUUUAAAGAAACGAGGGAUGAAAACCAGCCAGCUUCAUGGCUUGUGUUUGCCUUUAACUUUUGUAAGAAUCCCCUAUAUUACCUAGUUGCUGUCCAUUUCCUCAAGGCCAUCCUCUAAGACAGUCUAAACUGUUAGUAUGGUGUGUGACUGGAUAAGCACAGUUGAAGAACAACCUUGAAUUCUGUGUUCUUGAAUAGUUAACAUUGGAAGAGGACUGUUACUAAACUCCAUAUAUCUCUUGACUUCUCUGUAGGGCUAAAUCCAAGCUACCAGCCAAGUUACAGAAGCAGAAGACGUCAUAA